AUGUUUAAUUUACACACUUUUCUUGUUCUCAUCAUACUCUUUGAAUCUCAGUUUCGGUCGACCACAAGAUGUAGUCGCAGAAGCAAUUCCAUUAAAUCUCUUGUGGUUAUUAAGCGACAAAAUGAGAAAGUGAAAGAGAGAUGGAGACAGAUAUCAUUUCAGAGUAAACCUAUUGUGGAAGAAAUAACUCAAAAGUUGACACAAAGCAUUCGUCGUAAGUCUCAUAAAUCAUCCAGUUGCAAUUUAGUUGAUGCAUUUUCAGGAUUCUGCUUAACGAUAAGAGAAAUGUGGGAUUUAUGGGAUUGUCGUACCGUAAGAAGUAUUAAUAAAGUUUUUUUUCCUCAACAUUUUAUGGCUGAAACUUGUGAGAUAAGCAUUCCUGAUAAAGGUUAA